AUGCGGCCCCUGCCUGCUGCCCUCGCCUCUGCCCAUGGCCCAGGACUGACACUGUCCUCCUGCCUCCGCCUGCAGAUUAAAACCGAGGAUCUCAGUGACUCCCUGCAGCAGCCCCUCUCCCAUCGGCCAUGCCACCUGUCGCAAGGACCUACCAUGAUGUCUGGAAACCAGAUGUCUGGGGACAUGACUUCCCUCCAUCCACUACAACAGCUGGUGCUGGUUCCCAGCCACUUACAGUCUGUAUCCCAGUUCCUGCUUUCUCAGACCCAGCCUGGUCAGCAAGGUCUGCAGCCAAAUCUUCUCCCCUUUCCACAGCAACAAAGCAGUCUCCUCCUCCCUCAGACGGGGCCAGGCCUUACGUCCCAGGCUGUUGGGCGCCCUGGGCUGUCAGGAUCUUCUUUAGAACCCCAUCUGGAAUCACCCCAGCAUCUCCCAGUGCCCAAGCAUCUGCCCAGUUCUGGAGGGGCCGAUGAGCCCAGUGACCUCGAGGAGCUGGAGAAGUUUGCCAAGACCUUCAAACAGAGGCGCAUCAAGCUGGGAUUCACACAGGGAGACGUGGGGCUGGCAAUGGGAAAGCUAUAUGGCAAUGACUUCAGCCAGACUACUAUUUCACGAUUUGAGGCCCUCAAUCUGAGCUUUAAGAACAUGUGCAAGCUCAAGCCACUGCUGGAGAAGUGGCUGAAUGAUGCAGAGUCCUCUCCUUCAGACUCCUCAGUGAGCACCCCCAGCUCUUACCCCACCCUCAGUGAAGUAUUUGGGAGGAAGAGGAAGAAACGGACCAGCAUUGAGACCAAUAUCCGCCUGACUCUGGAGAAGAGAUUUCAAGAUAAUCCAAAGCCCAGCUCAGAGGAGAUCUCCAUGAUCGCAGAGCAGUUGUCCAUGGAGAAGGAGGUAGUGAGGGUCUGGUUCUGCAACCGUCGCCAAAAAGAGAAGCGAAUCAACUGCCCUGUGGCUACACCCAUCAAGUCGUCCAUCUACAAUUCCCGGCUGGUCUCUCCCUCGGGGUCUCUGGGCCCCCUUUCUGUCCCUCCUGUCCACAGCACCAUGUCUGGAACAGUCACAUCAUCCUGUUCCCCUGGGAAUAACAGCAGGCCUUCGUCUCCUGGCUCAGGACUCCACACCAGCAGCCCCACUGCAUCUCAAAAUAACUCAAAGGCAGCAGUGAACUCCUCCUCCGGUUUUAACUCUUCAGGAUCUUGGUACCGAUGGAAUCAUCCCACCUACCUCCACUGA